AUGGCCUCUCCGCUCUCUCUCACGCCUGCUAGGCUCGAGACCGUGCCGCAGAGCUCAGCCGACCCCAGCUACCAAGCCUACGUCGACGCUGCGGUGUCUGCGGCCCGCGAUCUCGUCACUUCUCUUCCUUCCCCCACCUCGCCAACUUCAGAUCGCUGGGCGACGGGCAAGACGUUCCAGACGGGCGGUCCGGCGCCAGUGCACACGUACUCAACCCGCUCGGCCGCACGAUUGCCACCAGGGUCAGGCGAGACGGAGGGUUACCGCUGGCAUGCGCGAAGGAGCGUUCACCGAGGUGAGAACGCGCCAUCGUACGAAGCUUUCGAGCGGGGAUUGCUGCGCGAUCACUCCGUCAACGAGGCGAAGUACAUUGAGAGCUGCACGGAGGCGCGGAAGAUCAAGGUGAUCGAGGAGGCCGAGCUAGAAGGCGACAAUCGCGACUUCACCUUCCUCCUCCUCACAACUCCGCUUCCUUCUCGACCUUCCGCCUCUGACUCCACUCGCGCUCUCCGUUCCUUCGUCGUCAUCUCGAUCCCCGUCGAACACCCAUCCGAGAAGGGCUACGUCCGCGGCCGUUACGUCUCGGUCGAGCACAUCCAGGAGCUUGACGAAGCGGAGGGAGGCGGCAUUGAAUGGAUUAUGGCGGUCAGCUCGUCGGCGGGAGGCAUGGUGCCCAAGUUGAUCAGCGAGAAGGUCAUGCCGAGCAAGAUCUCGGAGGAUGUGCCGUCGUUCAUCGAGUGGGUACAGAAGCAGUGA